AUGGCCCUAAAAGCGAUAAAAGUCGUAGCACCAGGAGAAGCGGGCGUCGUGUCCAAUGCAAUAGUACCACGAGUUCGUGAUGACUAUCUGAUUGCGAGAACAAAAGCAGUAGCUUUGAACCCGACAGAUUAUCACCAUGCCAAAUAUUACAGUGUCCCGGGGGCUAUCCUGGGCUGUGACUGGGCCGGAGUCGUCCAGGAGGUUGGCAAGAACGUAACGAGGUUCAAGCCUGGAGAUGAGGUAUCUGGGGUUUGCCAUGGCGGGAAUAACCUUGAGCUUGAAGAUGGCGCGUUCGCAGAGGUGAUCACUGCAAAGGAGCUUGCAGUGAUCCACAAGCCCAAGGACUUGUCAUUUGAGGAUGCCGCUGCUCUAGGGGUCGGGAUCGCGACGACCGGUCAGAUUCUGUAUGCAGUGUUUCAGUUGCCACUACCAUCAAUCACUGAGGUGGUUCGAGAGGAUAGGGGAGCGAUGCUCGUGUAUGGUGGCAGUUCCGCAACUGGCACCAUAUUGAUCCAGCUGGCCAAAUUGUCCGGUUUCACCGUAUAUACGACGUGUUCUGUACCGAAUUUCGACCUGGUCAAAUCUCGUGGUGCCGACCACGUAUUCGAUUACAACGUCCCGAACUUUGAGCACGAAAUCCUAAACACUGCGCAUGGUAAGCACCAUUCCUUCCAAUAUGUCGUCGAUUGCUUUGGAAGCGAUGAUACAGCUGAGGUAUGCGCUCGGUUGAUCUCAAAAGAGAACAGCUUCUAUCACUCUGUGAAAGCACCACUGCCAGAGGCAUUCAAGAAGAUCAGAACUGAGGACAGUGUGCAAGCAACCACGGCCCUGGGAUAUCUCUUACUUGGGGAGCCCCUCAGUAUUGGAGGCAUGGAUUUCCCAGCCGACCCAUCGCUUGAGGAAUUCAGCAAGAAAUGGACGCCUGUCAUAGAGGAAUUAGUCAAGCAGGGCAAGGUGAAGCCCCAUCCUCAUGGGGUCAUUGCUGGAGGAUUGGAUGCGAUACCAGGAAUUCUCGAGAGUAUUUCACAAGGUGGCACUCGAGGGAAGAAAAGCGUUGUCACCGUCGCUUAA